CUUGCAGCCAUUUUCUGCUCUUUGUGUGGGGUGGAUUAGCGGAUAGAGACCGAGCCCAGAGCAUCAAUUCUACUCCACCGAGCAAACGCUAUUUCACACAGUUUCUCCCCGCUUUGCACUGACCGUCCGUUAGUUUAAGUGCGGACAUGCAAUUAGCAGAUUGGACUGUUUUGUGAGUGAACCUGUGUCGCCAUGACAACCCACGUGACCCUGGAGGAUGCGCUGUCCAAUGUGGACCUGCUGGAGGAGCUUCCCCUCCCAGACCAGCAGCCAUGCAUCGAACCCCCACCAUCCUCCAUCAUGUACCAGGCAAACUUUGACACCAACUUCGAAGACAGAAAUGCGUUUGUCACUGGUAUUGCCCGCUACAUUGAACAGGCCACUGUGCACUCCAGCAUGAAUGAAAUGCUGGAGGAGGGGCAUGAGUAUGCUGUCAUGCUGUACACCUGGAGGAGCUGCUCCAGAGCCAUUCCUCAGGUGAAGUGCAACGAGCAGCCAAACCGAGUGGAGAUCUAUGAGAAGACUGUGGAGGUGCUGGAACCUGAGGUCACCAAGCUCAUGAAAUUCAUGUACUUCCAGCGCAAGGCCACUGAACGUUUCUGCAGCGAGGUAAAGCGACUGUGUCAUGCUGAACGCAGGAAGGACUUUGUGUCCGAGGCCUACCUCCUCACUUUAGGAAAGUUUAUCAACAUGUUUGCUGUGCUGGACGAACUGAAGAACAUGAAGUGCAGUGUAAAAAAUGACCACUCUGCUUACAAGAGAGCGGCUCAAUUCCUGAGAAAGAUGGCUGACCCACAGUCUAUCCAAGAGUCCCAAAACCUCUCUAUGUUUUUAGCCAAUCACAACAGAAUUACACAGUGUCUGCACCAGCAGCUGGAGGUGAUCCCAGGUUAUGAGGAACUGCUGGCUGAUAUUGUCAACAUCUCUGUGGAUUACUACGAGAACAAGAUGUACCUGACCCCCAGUGAGAAACACAUGCUGCUAAAGGUCAUGGGUUUUGGCCUAUACUUGAUGGAUGGAAAUGUCAGCAACAUCUACAAACUGGAUGCAAAGAAAAGGAUAAACCUUAGCAAAAUCGACAAGUUCUUUAAGCUUCAGGUCGUGCCCUUGUUUGGAGACAUGCAGAUCGAGCUGUCACGGUACAUAGAAACAAGUGCCCACUAUGAAGAGAACAAGUCCAAGUGGACCUGCACUCAGAGCAGCAUCAGUCCACAGUAUAACCUGUGCGAGCAGAUGGUGCAGAUCAGAGACGACCACAUCCGCUUUAUCUCUGAGCUGGCGCGCUACAGUAACAGUGAGGUGGUGACUGGAUCAGGGCUGGACAGUCAGAAGUCUGAUGAGGAAUACAAGGAGCUUUUCGACCUGGCACUCAGAGGACUGCAGCUUCUGUCCAAGUGGAGCACUCAUGUCAUGGAAGUGUACUCUUGGAAACUAGUCCACCCGACUGAUAAGUUCUGCAAUAAGGACUGUCCUGGCACAGCUGAGGAGUAUGAGCGCGCCACACGCUACAACUACACCAGUGAGGAGAAGUUUGCCUUGGUGGAGGUCAUUGCUAUGAUCAAGGGUCUCCAGGUUCUGAUGGGACGGAUGGAGAGCGUGUUCAACCAGGCCAUCAGGCACACAAUCUACUCUGCCCUGCAGGACUUUGCACAAGUGACUCUGAGAGAGCCACUCAGACAGGCUGUGCGCAAGAAAAAGAACGUCCUCAUUAGUGUACUUCAGGCAAUUCGUAAAACCAUCUGUGAUUGGGAAGGGGGAAGAGAACCUCCUAAUGAUCCCUGUCUGCGGGGAGAGAAGGACCCCAAAGGAGGAUUUGACAUCAAAGUUCCUCGUCGCACUGUUGGCCCCUCAAGCACACAGCUCUACAUGGUGCGCACCAUGCUGGAGUCUCUCAUUGCUGAUAAAAGUGGCUCUAAGAAGACUCUUCGCAGCAGUCUGGAUGGCCCCAUCGUUCAGGCCAUAGAGGACUUCCACAAGCAGUCUUUCUUCUUCACCCAUCUCCUGAACUUUAGUGAGGCCCUGCAGCAGUGCUGUGAUCUGUCCCAACUGUGGUUCCGAGAGUUCUUUCUGGAGCUCACUAUGGGCCGUCGCAUUCAGUUCCCCAUUGAGAUGUCCAUGCCCUGGAUCCUCACCGACCACAUUCUGGAGACCAAAGAGCCCUCCAUGAUGGAAUAUGUGUUGUAUCCGUUGGACCUUUAUAAUGAUAGUGGUUAUUACGCCCUCACCAAAUUCAAGAAGCAGUUCCUCUAUGAUGAGAUAGAGGCCGAGGUCAACCUGUGUUUCGAUCAGUUUGUGUACAAGUUAGCUGACCAGAUAUUUGCCUACUACAAAGCAAUGGCUGGAAGUGUCCUCCUAGACAAACGCUUCCGUGCGGAGUGUAAGAACUACGGUGUGAUCAUACCAUACCCGCCUUCAAACCGCUACGAGACACUGCUCAAACAGAGACAUGUACAGCUGCUGGGUCGCUCCAUUGACCUGAACAGAUUGAUAACCCAGAGGAUCUCAGCAGCCAUGUACAAAUCCCUGGAUCAGGCCAUCAGCCGCUUUGAGAGCGAGGACCUCACCUCCAUAGUGGAGCUUGAAUGGCUGAUGGAAAUCAACAGGUUGACUCAUCGCCUGCUCUCGAAGCACAUGACCCUGGACAGUUUUGACGCCAUGUUCCGUGAGGCCAAUCACAACGUGUCUGCUCCUUACGGCCGCAUCACACUGCAUGUCUUCUGGGAACUCAACUUUGACUUCUUACCAAACUACUGUUACAAUGGCUCCACCAACAGGUUUGUGCGGACAGCCAUUCCCUUUACCCAGGAGCCUCAGAGGGACAAACCUGCCAAUGUCCAGCCUUACUACUUAUAUGGGUCCAAGCCUCUGAACAUUGCCUACUCCCACAUCUACAGUUCCUACAGGAACUUUGUGGGUCCUCCACACUUCAAAACAAUCUGCCGUCUUCUUGGUUACCAGGGCAUCGCUGUGGUGAUGGAGGAGCUGCUCAAGAUUGUCAAGAGCUUGUUGCAAGGCACCAUCCUGCAGUAUGUGAAAACCCUCAUAGAGGUGAUGCCCAAGAUCUGCCGUCUCCCUCGUCAUGAGUACGGAUCACCAGGCAUCUUGGAGUUCUUCCACCAUCAGCUGAAGGACAUCAUUGAGUACGCUGAGCUGAAGACAGAUGUGUUUCAGAGUCUGAGGGAGGUGGGCAACGCCAUCCUCUUCUGUCUGCUCAUCGAGCAAGCUCUGGUGAGUCAGGGGGAAGUUUGUGACUUGCUUCAUGCUGCACCAUUCCAGAACAUCCUCCCAAGAGUCUACAUCAAAGAGGGUGAGCGACUUGAGGUGAGGAUGAAGAGGCUGGAGGCAAAGUAUGCUCCUCUUCACCUGGUGCCCCUCAUUGAGAGACUUGGGACCCCUCAGCAAAUUGCAAUAGCACGAGAGGGAGACCUGCUGACGAAGGAGCGUCUGUGCUGUGGUCUGUCCAUGUUUGAAGUCAUCCUGACGCGCAUUCGCAGCUUCCUUCAGGACAGUGUGUGGCGAGGCCCUCCCCCCACCAAUGGCGUCAUGCAUGUGGAUGAGUGCAUGGAGUUCCACCGCCUCUGGAGCGCCAUGCAGUUUGUGUACUGCAUCCCUGUGGGCACGCACGAGUUCACUGCAGAGCAGUGCUUCGGUGAUGGUCUGAACUGGGCUGGAUGUGCCAUUAUUGUGCUCUUAGGACAACAACGUCGCUUUGACCUCUUCGAUUUCUGCUACCACUUGCUGAAGGUCCAGAGGCAGGACGGCAAAGAUGAGAUCAUUAAGAAUGUGCCCCUGAAAAAGAUGGCAGACCGCAUCAGAAAGUAUCAGAUUCUCAACAACGAGAUCUUUGCCAUCCUCAACAAGUACAUGAAGGCUGUGGAGACAGAUAGUUCUACUGUGGAGCAUGUUCGCUGUUUCCAGCCUCCUAUACAUCAGUCUCUGGCCACCACAUGUUAAAUAAACUUUGUUUGACUUCCAGCUAUCCUAUUCUUCCUCUGGUGUGACAUUGGUCUCAAAUGUAGUGUACAGAGCCUUAGAGCUUUCAGGAUUGCCUCGGCUUUAUUUAAAUAAGAGACAAACCUCCAGUCUCGCCACAUGGUUAAAAAUCACAGUAUAUUUCUCAGUCUGCCCCAGCUGUUAUCUAACCCUUAUGAAUAUCAACACUCACUAUCCGUUUCACAUUUGAAGUGAACCAGUUUGAGAGAUUUAGGACUGCCGAAAAUAUUUCCAGGUCACCAGAGGAAGUUUUAACAAAUGUUGUUUAAGUUCUAGUUAAAAAAAAAAAAAGGUAAAUAUAAAUGACUUUUGAUUAUAAAUAACUAUUAAAAGAAGACAUGAUUGAUGUCAGUUUUUUGUUUUUAACAAUGCCCAUACAGAUUUCAUUUAUAAUAGUAUUUGCAUGUACUUCACAAAUGCCAUAUAUCCUAAUAUUGUUUGUACUGUAAUAUACAGACCAAAAAGCAAGAGUAUGUUGAGUUAUUGACAAAUAUGGACACAAUGUCCAUAAUAAUUUCUCCCAUUUCUAAUUGUUUUAAGCUCAAAAUUGUUUACAGCAUUCUGUUAUCUUUAUUGCAUUGCAGCACUGGUUUACAGAUCUUUGCAUUUGUAACAUCCAUCAUUGUAAAUGUUGCUGUUUGAUGCUGUCGAAAAUUGCGUGUAGUACUUGUUUAAAUUUUAUUGGUACUGAACUGGUAUCAGUAUUUGCCUCAACUGUUGAAAAGUAACCUCUCUUAUCUUUUCUGUCAGUUUAAUCUCAGUCUUUAAUCUGUUCAUUUUGACAACACAAUAACCACACGUAAACUAGUGAAGCAGUUCACCGGUCUGAAGUACUAAUAACUGGAUUUGUGCUGUGAUGAUAUCUCUUUAAUCUCCUCUUACUGUAACAAACAGCAGUUAUGAUACUGCAUUACUUUGACCAAUAAUGGACAAAAAGCAAAAAUAUUGGACAUCUGCUGUUUCAAUAUCAAGGUUACAAAAAUUUCCAGAAAUAUUUCAGAUGUUAAAAUUUCAAACAUUUCAGUAUUUUCCUUAACAGGCCCUUUGCUUCAGCAGUGUUAGGCAGAUUGGCAAGCGUUCUGUUCAGUUUUGUAAUUUAUGUGGCUGUUGUAAAUGUAACCUCAUGAAUGCUCAUCAUAUUCUGUUAUUUCCUUUUUUCCUGGAGUUUUCAGAUUGAUUUUAAUCAGUUUUUAAAUAACUGUUGAAUCAAAUGGGAAUUUUCCAGUCAUCUAUUUAUGCAUACAAGUUGAUUUUUCUUGCUCUUGGAAGGGUUAAUAUGUGAACGAUGAUGGGGAAAAAAUGUUUUGACAUUAAGGACGUGCUGUUUUAAAAUCUCAAAGCAUGACAGGUGUAAUUUAUUGUCAUCAUGGAUCUAUUUGUGACAUGAGAUUUUUGUUCAUAUUGUUGUACAAGUGAUCAUGUUUUGAAAUACAAAAAAAAUUAAAUUAAAAAAGGAGAGAAUAAUAGAAUGUACAACAAAUUGUUCUGAACAGGAAUUAUAAUUAUGUUGUAUUUCCAUGAAAUAAAAAACGAUCUAAUGGAAA